AUGAACUCCAAGACCUUUCAAGAUACGGGGGAUCCCAUAACUAGGGGACGCUACUGGGCUGAUGAGGCCGAAGCUCUACUGUCCACCAUCGAACAAGGCACAGUUUCGUUUCCCUUACUCCAAGGGCUACUGGCCAUGUUCUGUUACGAAGGAAACCUUGGUCUAGGCACCAAAGCCCUGCCUUAUUACUUCCGUGCCAUGGAUGUCUACAAGGGACUCAACAACGUAGACAUCACUAAGCAACAAUUAGGUGUCGACGAGGAGCGUACUAAACAGGGAAGAGUAGCUAGUUCAUGGUGUAUCUGGGGAUUUUAUUGUUGUGAAUGGCGGGGAACCCAAGCGCUCGGCCUCCGAAAGUUAACACGCAAACCUGUAUUUCCCAAGGUCUGGCGUGAACCUGACUUUCCUCUUCUGUUACCGACCUCUAGUAAUUACUGGUGGUACCCGUAUCCAAUAUCCCUCCAGGUCCAAAAGUCGCUGAAGGUGGAGAUCAGGGAGGUUGAUGCUCUACUCUCUGAGGUAGUCGAAGAAGCUUUGGACUUCAUCUAUCCAGACGAGAACGAAGCACCGUCAAAGAACCCACAGCUUGCAUUGCAGUUUUAUAGAUCAAUAGUGAACUGGAAACAAAACUGUCCGAAUCAGCUUCGGCUUGAGGAUGCCGUUCUGCCAUCUGCAAUACUGUUACAUAUAUCGGCAGAGGUAAUGCUGACAGCCAUCUUGCGACCUUUUACCAACAUGAACAAAGCGCAAUUUGGGAAAUUCGACCCCAGGGAACGAUGCUACGCCCACGCCAGCAACCUUGCAUCCGCGAUCUGGACCUACCGUAGCUUUGCCGUUAUUCGCUUCGAGUAUUGGCUCACCCACGCAUUGGGGACAGCGGCAUACAUCGUUGUAGGCGGGACCGAGGACGCACCGGUUCAGAUGGAUACCCUAACCCGAGCUUGUCAGUGUCUCUUUGAGAUGCGGAGCACCUUGCCUCUGGCAACAGACAUCUUGUGCGGCAUUCGUAUUGCGCACAAGCAGUCGAAAGAGAAAAUUCCGGCUUUUAUGGAUAGGUUCUUUGACAGGAUCAUUCACAGGAAAGAUGGCUUGAUGCAUCAUUCUGUGGCCUCCUUACUGCCAGACUCGAUAGAUAUGACGCAAAACAGUAGCAACCAAGACAUUCAACUUCAGGAACUUCUCAAUAGAUUAGAGGACAUAGGUGUUGAUUAG